GUGUCCAGAUCUACAAUCUUUUGCCUUUACUCUUUCUCCCGACUGUACAUGAGCUUAUUCACUGGUUGCUACUAGGGACUGCCAGUCAAGCGAUACAACAUCUGCACUCGACAUCAGCUGAGAACAGCCAUUGUACUUCUUCCCUAGCCGACAGGCCUUUACGAAGUCUGUGUGGAGCCUGAUCUGCUGUUUGAGGCGUCGUAGGUUCUCAGCAGAUUGCAGUACCGAUACCGGGAGACCCUAGCUUCCACUAUCCCAGCGCACCGACCACCAUCCCACCCUCGGUACACGCCUCUACCAACUACCGAGUAGACUGGUAACGAGUCUACAUCUUGCAUCGCUCCGCCCAGACAAAAGGCUCAUUAGCAUAGGUAUGCGUGACAGACUCGCUCCUCUCCGAAGCUGAUUACAUUACUUGGUGGACUACGAUCUCUGAGUGCGCGAAACAUCUGUCUCCUCCCCUUCAGCUGGGGCUUUUCUUAACACUGAGUCAAACUCCUGCAUUCCUACCGACCCGAGUUUCCACGCCCCAGCUCGGGGAGACUAUGGAGUCGCCCAGUGCAGAUUUCGUAGAUCCAUGAUAUCGGCGAACAAGCUUGGUCGGUCGAUUCUUCCCUGUCCUGCCGCCAAGAAAUGCCUUAGAAAUCUAGUGUACUUUCGUGCCGCGAGCGCAUGAGAAUUUAUGCCGCUAUGGAUCAAAGGAGGCAUCAUUAGUUCCACCUUGCGGCGGCAAAAAGCGCGACCACCCUGACAUCUCACCAGCUUGGAACUCGUUUGACUGCCAGUCAAAUGGUACAACAUCUGCAUACGAUUCCAAUAGAGAACGGCCGCCUCGUCGCUUAGUUGAUGGCAGCAUCGACGGGCCCCGGCGGGCCCCGGCGAACGUGCAUCCUUGCCGCUUUGCAAGAAAUUUGCUACCGGAUUUUUCUUUGUCCUGAGAGCAGAACAGAACAAACAAUAUCUGCACCUUAUCAGUGUCAGCGAGUCAACCAGCACUUGGUAUACCGCAUCCCGUCGAUGGCGAACCUUCAAUUGGACCCGAUCGCACAUAGAAUCCAAAGUGAAAAAAGUGCGAAAGCGGUCUAGCGUUUUGGAGUAGAUGCGAUGUGCUGUAGGAGUCCGCGAUAGUCCGGUGUUUCGCUCGCCCUUCUUCUCAACGAAACUGAUUGCGUUUCUUGACGGACAGAGGUCACUGAGCACGUGAACUAUGGCCUGGAGCCGGACUGUCGAUCCUUUUAUUCAGCUAUCUCGACAUCGCAGUCCUCGACGACUACCGACGAUAAUCUUCGUUCACGCGAUUUGUCGGAAUAUACUUUUACGUUCGCUGGGGAUGUCCUCGCUGGCCACCUUUCUCUCCUGCAUCUUGCUUUCCGAUCGGAUGUGCACAGGUGGCUCUGCAAUUUCAUGGUGCAUAUGCGUCAGGUCGAGAUCGUCGGCCUCGACGGGCAGCCGUGGGCGGCGUAACCACUGGUAUUACCAGCGGGCGCGCCAAACCGUCUCGUUCUAGCCGCGAGGAGCAAUCGUAGCAUUGCUAUCAGCGGGUACCUUUCGCGGCUAUUGACCGGGCAGGGGCGAAGCAAACAAUGAGCACCCUUGCGCCCUUGCGACUCGCCUGAGGUGUAGCAUAUAAGAGGGGCCAUUGCAGGCGGUUAUCAGGCAGCAAUUAAGCAGCACACUGAUAGCCAUGAUCCUCACCUCUACUUCCAUCUCUUGUUUGGUCACAAUUCUUUUGGCCUCGGCGGCUGCGGCCGUACCGCAGGCCGCCUGUCCUGCCGGGGAGUAUGGUGCAGUCGAUGGCACCUGUCACCCUUGUCCUCCAGGAACGUAUCAGCCCAACGCUGGAUCGACCUCUUGCAUUCCUACGGACCCAAACUUCUUCGCCCCAGCUCCUGGGGAAACUAUGGAGUCGCCCUGCCCGCCGGGAACAUGCAGCCCUGGUCUCGCUGCGACCUGCAGUUCCUGCUAAGCUACCCGCCAGUGGCUCCUGUUACAGGGACUGGAUUUGGUAGAUCUAUGAGAUUCCGUCCGCUGUCUCUUCCGUGUGCUGUGAUAUCUCUACCGGCUGCUCCGAAAAUCGAUUAUUUUCUG